AUGGACUGUUCUAUUUGUACUUCAAUGCCGGCUAUAUUGAGGCCUCCAAGGAAUACGAUAUGCUUGACAUGCUACGAGGGAGCCCGUAGCGUUAUCUCCUUCAUAAACAAGCUUGAAAGUGCUCAAGGAUCAGCUGAGAAGAAAGCAAAUUUGUGCAAGACUCUGGAGAAUGUGUCAAAAUGGGUGCAUGAUAGGAAGGAUGCAUCAGAGGAACUCAAUGAGAAGAUUAAAUUCCUAAGUGGAUUUGUUGUUGCAUUUAGAGAUCAAAUUCACACAGACAUUCAACUCCACCCUGGUGAUAAUGGGCCUCCAAUACCUGCACAUAGAGCCUUAUUGGCAAUACGAUCGGAAAUCUUCAACAACAUGCUAGACUCAGACGGGUGCAAAGCUCCACCAAACGACGCCGUAACAUUGCCAGAGUUGAACCAUGAAGAGCUUGAAUCUCUCUUGGAGUUCCUGUACAAUGGGGACCUGCAUGAAGAAAAGAUGAACAAGCAUGUCUACUCCUUGUUCCUUGCAGCAGAUAAAUACGGAAUCUCGUACCUACAGAAGCUUUGUGAGCGCCAUAUGCUCGAGUCUCUGAGCACAGCCAAUGCUCUUGAUGUUUUAGAGGUUGCAGAUGUUUGUUCGUGCCUGACUUUGAAGGAGAAUGCCUUGGACUUCAUUGUCAAAAACAUGCACGACAUAGUUUUCUCAGCUAAGUAUGAUGCAUUUGCACUUAAGAAUCCUCAUCUUUGUGUACAGAUUUCAAGGGCAUCAUUGAUGGAUGCCAAAAGAAAUUCAGUUUCCUAGCUAGUAAGGGAAUUAUUUAUGAUGUUGUAAUUAGACAAAAUUUGCAAAACUACCGUACAAUCAAUUGUUAAA